AUGAGGCCAUCCACACGCGCAUUCCUGUCCGCCGUGGCAUCGGUGGUGUUGUUGGGCGCAUCUACCGUCGCAGCACAAGGGUUGGAGGAGGUCCUCGGGAAGCAGGCGAAUCUGACGACGUUCCGUCGCUUGGUCAAGGAACACGAAGGCAUCUUCUCGAAGCUGUCUGAAUCAGGUGUUACGAUCCUAGCUCCGAGUGACUCGGCCUACCUCAAGGGCCAGGGCUGGGACUCGAACAAGGACGAGAUCCCCGUCGCACUGCAGUACGGCGUCCUCGUCGGCAGGGUGUCGUUCGGCGCCCUCUUGCCCGGCAACUCGACCCUCCACUCGACCCUCCUCACGGACGCGCGCUUCUCCAACGUCACGGGCGGCCAGCAGGUCCUCGUCACCAAGCAGCCCAACGGCGACGUCGUCGUGACGUCGGGCAUGGCGUCGCGCACGACGGCGCUCGAGACCGACAUCCCCUUCGACGGCGGCCUCGUCCAGGUCAUCGACAGCCUCAUGGUCUCGCCGGCCCGCCUCGAGAGGACCGCCCGCGACGCGUACCCGGAGUUCACGUCCUUCCUCGGCGCCCUCUACACGGCCGGCCUCGUCGAAGAGUUCGCCGAGACGAAGAAUGUCACCGUCUUCGCGCCGCGCAACGCCGCCUUCCAGCGGGUCGCCGCCACGCUCUCCGGCAUGGACCGCGAGGCCCUCCGCCGCGUGCUGCGGUACCACCUCGUGCCCUCGGCCGUCGCGCAGGCGUCGUCGCUGGCCAACGGCACGCGGCUCGCCACCGCCGUCGACGGCGAGUCGCUCGACGUGACGCUCUACAACAACGACGUCUUCGUCGACUCGGCGCGCAUCAUCCAGACCGACAUCCUCGUCGCCAACGGCGUCAUGCAGAUGAUCGACGCCGUGCUCAAUGUCGACGCGCCCAACGUCGUGCCCAACGUGACGGCCGUCUCGCAGGCGCCCGUCUUCACGGUCACAGGGACGGCGGACGUGGGGACCGCGGCGCCGACGCCUUUUGUUUCGGCGCUGCCGUGCACCGCGGGCUGUCCGGUGACCGGCGGAAGCGGCGGAGGGGGAGCUGGUGGUGGUGGUGGGGCCGACCGGACGGCGACUGGCGGGGUGGCUCAGAGUUCCAGCACCGGUGGCGCCGCCGCCGCCGCAAGGUGCACCGGCGGUCUGGUCAGAGCAGCAGCUGCUGGAGUGGGGUUGGGCUUGGCUGUGGGAGCAAUGGGCGUCGCCCUCUGA